UCCCUCCCACACUAGAUUGUUCAAAGCAAAAUGAUUAAGAGUGAUACGUAACACAGUUUCUAGAUCUCUCCAUUAACAAGAUAGCAUAUUCUUCUAUCUUCUUCUCAAGGCAAUUCAUCCUCAAUGGCAGCUUACAUAAUUAUAAAGAAUAUAUAUAUUGAUAGGUAACCACACUUCUACUUCCCCUCAUUGUUUCAAUCAAAACUCCAUACAAUCACAGCAACUUUCAGUCUUUCCCAUUUUCUUCAAGUCCCCAAUUAAUAUUAAUUAGUAAUUACCAUGAUUUAUCCAUCAAUUUCUUCUGAAAAUCCAUGGAUAUCAUCACUGUCAAUCACCCCAAAACCCCCACCGAAAAAGCAACCUCCUUUCCACCGAAACCCCAUCCUUUGUUUUCACCGCCUAAACCCAGCAGGACCCAUUCAACCUAAAACCCAGAUCAAAAACCCAAUCCUGCCAAACUCAGCAACUCAAGUUGUUUACAGAAAAACCAGGAGAAGCAGCAGCCAUGAGGAAAGGAGAGGCUUUCGAUUUCCCCAACUGGGUAGGCAGCAAAUGUUGUUUCUGUGUGGAUUUGGGUACUGGAUUCAGGGUUUCAGGUGUUUUCCAUGGCUGGCUCUCAACUUCCACAUGGCCCACAAUCUGCAAAUGCAUCCUUCCACAUUGCAGCUUGUGCAGCAUUCUGCUAACCUUCCCAUGGUGGCCAAGCCCUUGUAUGGAGUCCUUUCUGAUGCUCUUUACAUUUCUGGUGCUCAUAGAGUUCCUUAUAUCUCCAUUGGAGUUGUUUUACAGGUCUUGGCUUGGGGGCCAAUGGCACUGAUCCCUGUUGCAGCUCGAGCAGUUCCUACCCUCAUGGCAUGCAUUCUUCUGAGUAAUCUUGGAGCGUCCAUUACGGAAGUAGCACAGGAUGCUCUUGUUGCAGAGUAUGGCCAAGAAAAAAAUAUGACUGGCCUCCAGUCUUAUGCAUUCAUGGCAGCAGCUGCUGGUGGAAUCCUUGGUAACUUAAUAGGUGGUUAUUUCUUGAUGAAAACACCGCCCAGAACCAUGUUUCUCGUAUUUGCAGUUUUACUUUCCGCUCAGCUUGCAAUUUCGUUGAGAAUACGAGAGGAAUCUCUUGGUUUACCACAGUUGCCGGAUAACAGUCUUAUACGAAAGCCAAUCUUUGAAAGUAUCAGAAAACAAUUUUCUGAGCUGCAGAUGGGAAUUCAAGAGGAAAGUAUUGCUCGCCCUCUUAUUUGGAUUGUAGCUUCUAUUACCAUGGUCCCAGUCCUCUCAGGUUCCAUCUUCUGCUACCAAACACAAUAUCUACAUCUCGAUCCUUCAAUCAUUGGCAUGUCUCGAGUGAUCGGCCAGUUGAUGCUUCUUUCCACUGCUGUACUUUAUGACCGUUAUUGGAAAAAAGUUCCAGUGAGAAGGUUGGUUGGUGUUGUUCAGCUGGUGUAUGCCUUUUCGCUUCUUCUUGACCUGGUUUUAGUGAGACGGAUCAAUGUCAGACUGGGGAUUCCAAAUGAGGUGUUUGUUCUUUGUUUUUCGGGGUUAGCAGAGACUAUUGCACAGUUCAAGAUCUUGCCUUUCACAAUACUAUUUGCGGAUUUGUGCCCUCAAGGAUGCGAAGGAUCUCUAACUUCUUUCUUAGCAUCAGCCUUGUGCUUUUCGUCAAUAGCUAGUGGGGUUUUAGGUGUUGGACUGGCUUCUCUGAUAGGAAUAACGGCAGGCAACUACUCAAGCCUGCCCUUCGGGAUUAUGGCACAAUUCCUUGUUGCUUUAUUGCCCUUAGGAUGGCUUUAUAUUUUACCUAUGUCAGAAGGUGUCGUUAGGCAGGAGCGGAAGAGAGGUUUCAGUAGAAGAAGUCAGAAAAAUAGAAGGGUCGGUCGAGUAGUGUAUGGUUCAGUAUUUAUCUACAGACGUGAGAGAGAAUCAGAGGCAGAAGAGUGAAAGAACAACUUUUACAAUUGCAUUCUUUUUCAGAUAGCAAGCGGUUUGAAAAUGAAAGCGCGUGUACCUGAGGGAGAAUCUGUAUCUUUUGGAGAUAGCCGGGGGAGUGAAGGAUAAGAAGAAGACUCUAGGAUUGCCUUAGUGGUGUUCAUUUUCCUUGUACACUCGGACGACUUGGAAGGAGGCUUCAUCUCGAACAUCAGUUCCAACGAUAGGUUCUGUGACGAAGACGGAAGUUGUUGCCUCGUGUUAAAUUGUGCUGACCUGUCAGAAAAGUAAUCAGUUAGUCAUAAUACAAGUUUACUAAGUGCAAAUGUACAUGUCAUCGGUGUGGAGCUCUUGCCAUGGGACGAAGAGGGAACGGAAGAAAUGAAGAGUUGCGGAGCUAUGAGGUACUUUAUGUCCGACUCACCUCUCCCAAGAGCAAUGAGGCAUCUCUAGUAAAAUUGCAGUGAAAAUCGGAAGAAAAUGUGUGCAAUGCAGUGAAAUUGGAAGAACAUCGAAUAGAAAGCCAGGAAAA